AUGAUUACACGCCAGUCCUUUACCAGACCCUUCAUUUUCUCGCUACUGAUUGUGUCUGUGACAUCAUCCAAACUCCUUCAUCUGUUUCAACAUGUCUCUUCGCUUCCCGGGGUUCAAUUCGCGCUCUACUUUCCGACAUUCUUCAUCAUUGAGACUCUUCUGUGUAUUACCGCGUGGGGGUUGCUAUUCAAAAUCACGGGCGUGAAGGCCCUGUUAGGCACUGCAGUGACAGUAGCCAUCACGUCUCUGAGCUUCAUCUUAGCCUCGUCUCAAAUUUGUUUUUAUUUUGUUACCGGCAGUGAGAUCCCCUGGGAUGGAGUCACAACCGUGGGAAGUGAACCGGAAGGAAGGAAGCUGAUGCUCAGUGGGCUGACAUCGUUUCUGGGAGCCGCGGGCGCCCUUCUUGUGAUAUCAUGGCUACUCAGAUAUUGGAUGUGCAUUCUCAUCGACAAUUGGAUGUCUGCACUGUUUGGCGCGCACACCGAAAAGGAUGGAGACAUCAUUACCGGACCCCAAAGAAAGUCGAUGGCAGCACGACUCACCCAGAUUUCGACAUUGUGCAUCGCGAUAGUCAUUGGAAUUUUGCGCUUGACUCGGCCCCAGGUACCUUAUAACCAUAUGUCUGAAACCAUCCCAUUUAGCUUUUUCCAGGCCUUGGGCUCGAGACCUGCUGGUCUACAUCAGACUGGAGAUCAAUCGUUUCCACUUGCGGACCUGACCGGCGAGUCAUACUGGGAAGGCCCACACGAUCACUUCAAGGGCUGGGCUCCGGGAAAGGCAGACCCCAACGCCACCGAUAUUCGACCUGCGUGGGCGUCCGGCAAUUUACCACCAGGGUUCGAGCGGUGGAGCGAAGGGAAAUCUGAUAGCGAUCAAGGAAGUCUUGGUACUGUUGAUGGAAAUGGGACUCGAAAUCACAUCUAUAGUCCCGUGAAUGACCCUCUUCGAAUCACCAACCUCGACCGUGAACUGCUCGAGCCGGUAGCCCAGGCUCUCAAGGACCAUAAAGUUCCCAUUACACAUGUCGUGGUUGUAUUGAUGGAAAGCGCUCGGAAGGACAUAUUUCCCUUUAAAGCAGGCUCACAUUUGCAUGAGCAAAUUCUAUCAACCUACGAUACCCAAGAUCCUGAAGUACUCCGAGAGAUCAAUGCCAAAUUAUCGCAUUUGUCACCAAACGCAGAGAAGCUGACCGGGGUGGCGAGUGGACUUUCGACGAAUGACAACACUUCUAGCCCGUCUAGUGACGGAUGGAAGAGUCUGACAGAACCAGGAAUGGGCGGCAUCAAUUUCAAUGGUAUCAUCACCGGUAGCAGUGUAUCACUCAAAAGCGAAAUUAUGAACUACUGUGGUGCAGGCCCACUUCCGGUGAACUCCAUGGAUGAGGUCAAAUUCCAGAAUUAUCAGCCGUGUCUCAUGCAAGUGUUUGAAUUGUUCAACCAACUUAAGGAGAAUUCGACCCAGGACACAGUGAGUCAUAAGCCUGGUAAUGGGUUUGGGCACAUUCAUGAUCGAAACUGGAGCUCCGUGUUCUUGCAGUCCAUCACAGGACAAUUUGACGAGCAAUAUAAGCUCAACAAAAAGAUGGGGUUUCAAGAAUCAAUUUAUCGUGAAGAUAUCAGCAAGCAUGGUGCCAAGUAUUAUCACAAGAACAUGAAGGAGAUUAACUACUUCGGAUACCCGGAGUACGAGAUAUACCCAUACCUGCGAGAUGUGGUGAAUAAUACAAUCGAGAAGAACGAACGACUUUUCCUGUCCCACUUAACGAGCACAACCCAUCACCCAUGGGGCAUGCCCACGACAUAUCAACAAGAGGAAUACUUCGCCGGAGACGAUAUCAUGGCAACGCACAGGGACAUGAACAAAUAUCUCAACACGGUCCGAUUCGUGGACGGAUGGCUUGGCGAUAUAAUGAAGGUCUUCGAUGAAGCUGGGAUUGCAAACGAGACAUUAGUCGUAUUUGUGGGAGAUCAUGGCCAGGCGUUUACUGAAGACGCGCCAGUCUCGGGCACAUAUGAGAAUGGACAUAUCAGCAAUUUCCGCAUUCCACUCCUUUUCCGACACCCGCUAUUGCCAGCACUGCAAAUCACUGCAAACGCUACCUCGAUGUCCGUCGUCCCGACCAUUCUCGAUCUGCUCGUUAAUUCAGGUUCCUUGAACGAAAUGGACUCCGAUGUGGCCUUAGACCUGAUGAAUGAAUAUCAAGGACAGUCACUGGUGCGCCCGUACCAAGCAACCCACAAUGGCCGACAGGCGUGGAACUUCGGUAUUAUCAACCCCGGUGGUACAAUGCUCAGCAUUGGGUCUGCAGCUGUCCCAUAUCGUCUCAUACUGCCACUCACCGAGGACUUUGAGUACACUUUCUCUAACCUAGACACCGACCCUGACGAGUCGAGUCCAUUGCGCGGGUGGUCCCUCGAAGCGUUGAUCAGCCGUGUACAAAGCAAGCAUGGAGACAAAGCCGGGAAAUGGCUGGCAGACGCGGAGAAAGUGGGAAAAUGGUGGAUUGAGGAGCAAAAAAUAUUAUGGAACUACCAAUAG